GGACAACUCGUUAGAAUUAAGUGUACUGUCUCUCUACCUAUAACCAAAUUAUCACUCAAAUUCAAAGAAUAAAGCAAGCAAGGAACGAAAAUGGUACCCCAUUUCAUUUUCGGGACAGCCACUCUCGGCAUGGACCAGACACAAUUCCAAAAUGCCGAAUCAGUCACAGCCCUUCUCAAAACCCUCGAAAAACUUGAUAUCUACCGUCUUGACACAGGUGCCCGCUACCCACCACUCAAUCCUGGCAGAUCAGAACAACUGAUUGGCGAGGUGCCAAAGGAGCUGGGGAGCAAGUUCACGGUCGACACCAAGAUAUAUACGAACACGAAGACAGAUGGGAGUGGAGAUCUGAGUAGCGAAGCUAUAGAGAAGUCAGUCAACGCGAGUUUGCAGCGGCUUCAGCGGGUAGAAGGGGUAAAUGUCCUCUAUGUACAUCGGCCUGACCCUGCCACACCUUUGGAGGAGCAGAUAGAAGAGUUUAAUAGGCAGAUAUCACAGGGUCGUUGUAAGGCUUGGGGAAUUUCAAAUAUGCAACCUGAAACACUACAAGCUGUUCUGGACCUGUGUGAGAAUAGAGGCUGGCAGAAACCAAUCUGCUACCAGGGCAAUUACAAUCUGAUCACACGAGGCAUGGAGACAAGGCUCUUGCCAAUCCUGCGAGCUAGGGGCAUUUCCUAUAAUGCCUUUCAGCCACUCGCGGCAGGCUUCCUUACAGGGAAACUAGUGAAUAACCAGCAUGCUGGCUCUCGUUUCGGAGAUGAGAACCCACUUGGUAAAUCAGCACAGAAACUGUUUGGAGCGGCAGAAUUGCUUGAUGCGAUGAAUGCAUUUGAUACAAGAGUCAAAGCAUGUGGCCUGUCAUCCCUCGAGGUGGCUAUCCGAUGGAUUGCCCAUCACUCCGCGCUAUCGAAUGAGGAUGGCAUCAUUUUGGGUGCUAGUAAGACACCACAGAUAUCUGAAACGGUAGAGUUGGUCCGGAAGGGCCCUUUGCCAGCGAAGGUGCUAGAUCUCACCGAAGAACUAUGGGAUGCAGUCAAAGAAAUACGGGGCCAAAUUAUUUAACUCAGUGACUAGUAAGAAGUUAUAAGAACUAUGAGUUAAAGCUCUCAUGUAUUUAUUUUUCGGUUUCUUCCCUCUGCGAAGCUCUCACUAUGGUCGUGAUUCAAUUAAAACUCUAGAAAAUAUGGAAUAG